AUGGAUCACUGGGGCGACCCUUGGGCUGAUGACCAUGCCGAGCAAGAAGAUUGUCCGCCGAAGCUGGAGGUGAUCGGACCGGAGGAACCUCGCACGCUUACGUCUGCACCCGUUGUUACGAGCCCUUUUCUGGAUGAUGCAGGGUGGGGAAAUGAAGAUGCCGGGUUUGGCGGCUGGGCUACGUCAUCUGCAGCCGUCGAUGCGCCUGUCGCGGUAGCUAUAGAUGCGCGCAUAGCUAAGCCGAGUUCUCUAGGGGAUGGUGCAGCUGCGGCAGAUAGUCCGCGCUGGGAUACGGAUCAAGGCGCCGACGAGGCGUUUUCACGCGUGACAGACACAUGGGUUGAAGAGCACGAGGGCGUUUUGGGGUUGGACAAUGUCACGUCGGAUACAUCAGAAACUUCGACUACCAUCGAGCCAGACAGGGAGCCAGUGCAAGACGCGAUUGCGCCUGAGAAACCACCGCAGGCCGAUGACGAUGCCUCUCCACAACUUUCCAGGACACCUUCCGAGACAAGCCACAACGAAGCGCCCGUCGAAUCAUCCCGUACUUCGUUCGAAGAAGAGGGCGGAGCUAAGAAGCAUAGCACAGAGGCGCCGAGCGUCCAGGAUGAUACAACACUCAAGGAUGGCGGUGGGGAUGGCGAUGGCAGUUCUUCGAGCUCGGGCAGCGAGAGCGCUGAUGGGGAAUAUGGCACCUCCACCGAGGAUACGCUGUUGACAGAGGUACCUCUAAAUAAGUAUGUAACGCAAGAAGAUACUGGCACACCGAAAGAAGAUGCAGAAGAGAAGCCUCUUCCAAGCACGCCACCGCCUACAGCCGAAUCGAAAAGCACCGCAGGCCCGCUCGAUGCCACACUCCUAGGCGAGCUUUUCCCGCCCCUUACGACCACGAAGGAACUAGACGAAGCACCCAAUGACCCCAUAUACGCGGUAUCCAGUCGCAAAGCCUGGUAUAGGCUCACACGCAACGAGACCAUGAGGGAGUUCAAUCUCGGAAAAGACCACGACAACUAUGUGCGAGUUACAUGGGCAGGCUCUCAGGUCAGGACUGAGGUCAACAAGAUUGUGGGAAGAUGGGCGCGUGAGGAUCGUCUUUCAGGCAGAGGACCAGGAGCGAGAGCGUCAUUCUAUUGGGAUACCGUCGCGCCUGUUGACCCUCAACCCAAAGGCCAUUUACGCACGAAGACAUCUGUUCCCGCGCCGCGUCCUGCUGCACCUACAAGGCAAAGCCUGCCACCAGUCUCGGCUAACACACCCAUCGCGUUCGCCUGGAGCACAUCGCCAACUACAGUGGACCCUUGGAAAUUGGACAGCCCCAGCAUAGACGCGAUAGCUUCGCAUAUUGCACCAAAGCCCAUCGCAGACAAUUCGCAAACACACGAACUGGGGACCUCGUCAAUGGAUCUCCCGCGCAAUCUGGAGGAGGCAGCAUCGACGAAGACGACUGAAACGCCGGCUGUCGCAACCGUAAUUCCACCUCCUAUCGCAUUCACAACCUCAGCAGACUCAUGGGGAGACAUCAGCACUCUCGACACUAACCCUCCAGCUGAAGACGCGAAUGCAACUGAUACCAUUGACGAUGAUGACGAAGAUUGGGGGGAAAUGAUAUCGACGCCUACCGUAUUUACACCCACUACUACGACAGAGUUGCCUAGCUCCAUACCAGCGCCGCACGAAGCCACACCGUCAACCUUGGCAGCGGCAGCGGCAGCCCCAGAAACGCCACCGAACCACACCGCGGAAUCCGCCGAAGCGAUGCAUGCGGCUUCUAUAGUUCGUCUGCGGAGGACCAUCUCGCCCACGUCGGCCGUCUUUGGACAGAAAAAUUUCAUUCCCCUUCAUGCUGAGGUUGGACCUAUUGGCCCCGGCAUCCUGAAACCGGCCAAGCGACGUGUCGUCUCUACCACCGCGCUGCCGCCGAAGAAAGAGGAGGAGGUGGUGUUUAAACCUGGACCGGAAUUAUUGAAGAAAGAGACUCGAUUUAAGCCGGUGAAGACGGUUGUUCGGAAGGAGGAGGAGGUUGUGUCUGCUACAAAGGUUGUGGAGAGGGAAACGUCGUCUAAGCCUGCAACACCAGAGAAGGAAACCCCGUCUAAGCCCGCAACACCAGAGAUCGCACAGAAAGAUGAGGAACAGGCACUCGAUGACGCCUUUACGGCAGAACCCAAAACUUCAGAACCCCCCAUCCUAGACACCACCACAGAAAACGACGAGGACGACUUUUCCGCAUUCAUCGCAAACACAUCGCAAGCCCCCACCUCACAACUAACCACAACCCCUCCCCCAGCACCAGCACCAGCACCAGCACAACCAAUCCCCACCAUCGAACCAACAACAACAACAACCCCAGACGCCUGGUCCAACGUCGACUUUUCCUUUUUCGAAUCCUCAAUCCCUACCCCUUCCUUCAAACCCUCUUCUUCCUCCUCCCUCUUCCCUUCCUCCACCGCAACAACACCCAACCAAACAGACAUCUACACCCUCUUCAACACCACCGCCACCAUACCCCAACGUUCCACAAGCGCUGCCUCCUCUUCAGCAACAGCAAAAACAUAUACCCGCUUGUCCACGCCACCACGUAGUGUGACGCCCCCGCCUGUGCAGCCGCUUACGGGUGCGACGAAUAGCGCGCAGAAGAGGAAGAGUGAGGAGGAGGGGGUUGUAAGGGGUGUUUUGGAGGGGUUGCCGGAUUUGAGGUAUAUGCUUAGAUGA